CUCUUUUGCCCCAGCAGCCUACACUAACAAUGCAAACAUGAGAUCAAAUCAAGCGGGAAAAGGGUAAGCUCAACAAGAUCAGACCUAUGUGAUGAAAGGGCUUCAGAAUAUCAACUCGGAGUAAAUACAUGUACUAUCGCAAAAACAUAGUGAUUGAAUAGAGUUAAAUUAGCUAACCUACCUCUCAUAUCUCAUAUCGGGGUCUGUACAGACAAUAUAUUACAGGAUAAAUUUCGCUUCAUAGCACAACAGCAAUUAAAGUUGAUCAAACACCAGAAUACACUGCAGUGACAUAUCUCCCGCACUCGACUCGCUGCUCCAGGCUCACUGUUCUCCCAUCCAAUUGAACAGUGCGGCGAGGCGUAAUUUGGAGUCUACUGUCCUCUCGCUGAUGUUCGCGGGGAACAACAUCGGCAGGAGGGCGGAUGUGCGUGGGGGACGCAACAUUAUUUCUCUUCCCCGUGCCUAAUUGAUAGAAUUCAUUCCCACCCCACCAGAAAACGUCUGAGCCCCAAUUGGUGUCUGUUUGGGGGCCGUCCUUCGAAGCAGAAACAUUGGUUAAGUUUCCCAGUACAGCAGCGGCAUGGGUUGCUCCGACAGAAAUACGGCUUAUCCCUAUGGGGACAACCUUUUGCGCGGUAUCGCUGUACUCAAACAAGCCACUAAGAGUCUUUAUUUUUGUAGGUUUGUCUUGGGCAUGAGUCCACUUCCCAGUCCCAAGGGCACCAAACAACCCUUUCCCGCAGCUCCAGACAUCCGUUGUGACUCGGCCAAGGUCCCUAACGGUGGUCCGAACUUCCAUCGGGCUAAGUAUCCUUUUGGCGCUGACGGUGAAAAAGCUGUUUGUGCCUCCGGCAGCAAUACUUGAUGCUUUAACUUCAUAGCCAUCGGCGGGGUAGAGAUUGCCGAGAGGAAGCAUUGUUGGGGUAUCAAUGGAAGAAGAGGCGACAUUGGUUUGUAGCCCUAGCUGACCCGAAGCAUUGUCGCCGAACACGAAGACUUGUCCAGCUUUAUCAAGCGCCAGAGAAUGGUAAUCUCCAGCUGCGAUAUUUGUAAUCCGGACCCCGCGCAACUCGCUAACUUCAUGACACAAGUCAUAUGGUCCCUUAGGCCGAUUGUUCCACGUCAGGCCAGGAAUUCCGAGUUGACCGCGGGAAGGAAAAUGUUCCGUGCCGAUAGCAGCAGAAAAUAUACGUCCAGAAGUCGUUAAUAAAAGUACAUGUUCGAGGCCGCCACAGAUCGCGGUAACCUUUUCGCCCAACCCAAGCUGGGGUUGCAGAGGGCGAUAACUCAAUUCAGCGCGCGUUCGCCAGAAUGGAAUCCAGGAGUUUUCGGAAGGUUUCAACCCAUUCUCUUGAUCGGAUUUUGAUACGGGGAGUGAAUAAACGUUUCCGCCGGAGGAUAGCGCAAUGAUCCUGUUUGACGAAAUACAAAGUGACACGAGAUUUUUGCCCUUGAGUGUCUUCGUUGGUUUGUAAUCUGUUUUCGAAUAGCCUUUGCCCCAUUGGAUCAAAUCUCCGUUUUCCGUAAUGGCGGCACCAAAAUUCUGAUCAAGCUUAACAUCACGAAGAACCAUACCAUCGAAGUAUGGUAUUCUUCUUGGGGUCUUCACGACGAAUUCAUUAGAGUCCGGGUUUGCGACUAACCCUGUAUUCGAACCCCAUGCAUACAGCCCUGGCCGCUCCCAACUCCUCUUCACCUGGACAUGCUGGGGGCUUAGUGACUCCCGGUUUUCCUCCGCUGAUAGAUUCUGCCUGGUCUUGGCCUCCUGCACAAUGAGUUCUGGUUGUAGAUACCGCGAUUUUUCUCCAAGACUUCCCGGUCUAUCCCUGAUGUAGUAAUAUCCAAAGGAUAUAACAGCCGUCAACCCUGCCACGGCAAUGUAAGAACGAAUACGUGGUGGCACCCGAGGCUCUUUCUGGGACUGCAGAGGCCCGGCGGUAGAGUAAGGGCGUAAUCGUGGGGCAAAAAGAGGCGAUCUUUUAGACAGGGCCGAAAAGCGCUGCGAGGCAAGUCGCUUACUCCCUCGAGUAAACGACAUUAUGCGUGUUUUCCGGAUGCUUCCCCAUCCAUCGAGUGAUGACCGGGGUUUUAUGGGCUUUGCGAUAACCGGAUGCAAAUCGUGGAGUCCGGGGAUUGCGACGCGGGACAUAGCUUACCUAAUUUGACUUAGUGCUGGCGGCCCGCGCCGGCAGAAUCACGAACCAUCAUAUUGAGGAAACCAAGUUCAUGGGAACUUGGCAGCUUGGUGUUCAGUUCACCAGGCAGCUAAUAUACUCCGCAUUCCUCCACGAUCCUACAGGCUUCUUAACUUGUAGAAGCUGUCUAAACUACGGCAGUGGAGCAGCAAUGUGCUAGCCCGGCCGGCAAUCAAAUAAUUAUGCUUCACUAUGACGUUUCAACCUGACAAUCAACACCGGCAUCCUGGCGCCCCAGCUUCACCCGCUGCCAUGGGAGCGGGCGAUGUGCUGGGGGCCUCCGUGAAAGAGGUUGAGAAUGAUGCUGAAUUCGCCCGCUGGUAUAGCUCCAUUGAGAAUGACCUGCUGGAGGCCAGCUACGAAGAAUAUCAAUCAUGUCUUGAUGAACUGCAAACUGCCAAAUCGCAUCUCGAUUCUCUUUUAACCGAUACUACCUCUACGCUGGAUAUCCUAUCCAGUCUCUCUGAAUGCUUCCAGUCCGUGGAGGCCCAAACGGCCGCCUUCCAGCAGCAAUGCGAGGGCCUAUUGUCGGCACAGAUGCGCAGUUCGAAAUUGGUGGAAGAUAUCCAUGAGAAUAUACAGUACUAUGACUUUUUGGACCCCAUUUCGCGGAGACUCAAUGCGCCGGGAGCAGGAAAUUCCGUGCGAACAAAGGAUUUCUCAGACAUGUUGAAGAGGCUGGAUGAGUGCUUGGAUUAUAUGCAGACUCAUCCCGAACAAAAAGAAUCAGAUACCUAUAGGUCUCGCUACCGUCUUCUUUUAACCCGUGCCCUCACGUUAAUUCGUGGUCAUUUCGUGUCCACCCUACGGGAGAUAUCUUCAGGGGUUGCAAAAAGAAUCGCCGACCGACAGCUCAACGACACAACUAUGUCGGCUCUUCUUUAUGCAAAAUUUCGUGUCGGUGCGGCGGACUUAAAGGCAAUCGGAUUAGAAAUACAAAAGCGAGCAGUCCCGCCAGUUGACCCUGAACAAGGAGCUGAAGCUGAAUACCAAAGUUUACUUAACGAGCUCCAUACUAGCUUUUCAGCUACGAGGGGCAAGCUUGUUAUACCUGUAUUACGGAAGAGGUUGAACGAUAUUUCCCAGGCCCCCAGCAGCUCAAAGGACCUAGUCGCAUUUGCUCGGGCCAGCAUCAGCUAUAUUCGUGGCAUUUGUCUCGAUGAGUUUGAGCUAUGGGGACAAUGGUUUCAUGGUCAGCAAGGCCUUUACGAUUUCCUGGAGGCUGUCUGCGAGCCCCUCUACGAUCAUUUGAGACCGAGGAUUAUUCGUGAAACCAAACUUAUCAAAUUGUGCCAGCUCUGCUCACUCCUGCAAACGCGUUAUUUGUCCGAUCCCGAGGAUGAGGGAGAGUUCGCUGACCCGACUCAACUUGACUUUUCCGUCUUAAUUCAACCUGCGCUGGAGGACGCGCAAACCCGACUCGUCUUUCGUGCGCAGGCAAUAUUGCGAGAUGAGAUUGAGAAAUAUAAACCACGCGCCGAAGAUCUUGAUUACCCUGCUCGCAAUCGAAACGUUCUAUUACCGGGGUCAGAGAAUAACAAGUCUCACGCAGUAUCACACAGGAGAUCAUCGUCUAUUGAACCGACCACCCCACUCCCGAAGAUGCCAAUGGUCGUCGACGAGGAUACCGAUUCACCCCAAGAAAAGUAUCCGCGAUGGGACUUUGAUUCGGGAGCCGUAUUUGAAGGAUGGUACCCAACUUUGCGGACGGCGGUCUGGCUGCUUAGUCGCAUCUAUCGACUAGUGAACUCAACCGUUUUUGACGACCUAGCACAUCAAAUCGUUCACCAAACCACCCUCUCCCUCCAUGCAGCAAGCACUCAAAUUUCUACAAAAACUUCUCCUACAGACGCCCAGUUAUUCCUUAUUAAACAUCUCCUCCUACUCAAACAACAAAUUGUCGCCUUUGACAUCGAAUUCGUCAGCCCCGACAUCUCUAUCGACUUCUCCAGCGUGACGAACACGUUCUGGGAACUCCGGGAACGUGGCGGACUCUUCAACCCACGAAACCUCAUGCGGCUACUUGGCGGCGGCCUACUUCCCCGUGUCGUAGAAAACAUGCUCGACGCAAAAGUGGAACUAGACGGCAGAUUGCGCACAGUAAUUAACGACUUCACUAAUUCCUUCAAGUCGAAAAUGACCCAACCUCUGGCCUCUUUGGCGAAAUCUACAAACCGAAGCGAACCGUAUAGUAACGCCCUACGUCUUACGUGCAAAGCGAUCGAGAAAGAAGUUCCAAACCUGCGACAAAUUCUCGGUGAAUAUCUUGAUGACACGAGGACGAAAGAAACGCUUGUUGGCGCAGUGCAAGACUCUGUCAUUCAGGCCUACGAGGACUUCUUCGAUGGCUAUACAUUGACGCUUGAAGGAGGGAAACAGGGAGUCCAUCACAGUAAACUUUCAUCCAUGGAGAAGGGUCGAAUGGCUCAGGAAGACGGUGUGUGGGAUGUGGAUACAUUUGCGGGGUGGAGUGAGGCUGUUUUCCGCGUUGGUGUUGCUGGGCUCGACUCCUCAGAGGUCGCAGCCGCGGCGCUGAGUGUGGAGGAUGGUGAUGUGAGGCGGGGCAGUGAUGAUGUGUCGCCCAGCGAACGACAAAGGGCCAGCAGGAAUGGAAGUUUAUGAUAACUCAUUAUUGUCGCCACUCUGUGGUAUAUCGAUGAUAAGAAAUUCUACAUGCCCGCUUCCUGCUUACCAUUGGAAAAUGGGUUUAAUAUACCUAGUGGUCUAACUAUUUGCAUAUCAUUCAGUAUUAGCUUUCACUUCUUGUGGGAUUAUAUAUAUUUAGUAGAUGAAAGCCUAACCUUCCGUAAAGUAAAUAUGUUACUUAAGAUUAGUACGUCUGAUAAUAUAUAUUGUGGUUCCGAAUAAUCUCCCUAUCGCGAAACGCUACCAUAGACUAGCCACAAGAACAGUUCGUUGUUUUCAGCCAAAAAUAACACCAGUAUCCAAGAGCUCCAGGCGUCAGAUACCAUAUAUAACCCUUCCCCAAGAAUUAACCGAACACACCAUCAUCCAUGUCCUUCAAUUCAAAGCCAAAAAGUAAAGUCAAAAAUAUAGUAGUAGAAAAGAACAUAGAGGACAUAACAAAAACUCAACGAACAAAUGGAGGCGAAGAUGAGCAGAAGUAAAUAUCACAUUGUCAGAACAGCCUGCAGAGAGUGAAUAAUAAUUACGAGAAUAACCGA